AUGCCUGACUGCACCUGCUCUGCCUAUCCCCUCUCUGCCUAUCCCCUCUCUGCCUAUCCCCUCUCUGCCUAUCCCCUCUGUGUCCCCUCUAUCCACUGCAGCCACUUAGGCUUUAACAACCUAGCUGGAACCUUCCCUUCCGUUGUGUUGCGGCUGCUGCAGCUGCGCACACUCAAUCUCGCUCAGAACCAGCUUACAGGAAGCAUCCCCACCGGCCUUGCCAAACUUUCUCGCCUGGCUUUCCUCCGCUUGGACGGCAAUCAGUUUACAGGCCCCAUUCCCUCACAGCUUUACUCGCUUACCAACAUCACAUACCU